AAGGGGUUAAGGUGGCUGACUCUCUCUCCUGGUCUCCCGCUCUCUGCCUCCUCCUCCUCUUUCUCUUUCUCUUCCACCUUCAUCAUGUAGACAAACGGGCCCCCUUCCCCGUUUUGUUCAUGGAGCAGGUUCCUUGACGUCAGAUCUAUGAAUAUUGCACGAAGAAGCCGGCUGGCGAGAGCGACGGCUGGGGCUCCAUGUAGGCAAGGAGGGCUCUACGCCGGAGGGGAUCGCGGCGGGCAGGAGGAGGCUUUGAUUGCCGCAGCUUUGGAGAAGGAGGCGAGCAGGCGCCUGCUGGCCGAGCGGGGGGCAGGAAGAGGAGGAGGCCGGCCGGGCGGCUGUGGCAGCGGCGGCGGCCAGGGGGGGUUCUUGCUGCUCCUGCCGCCGAGAGAGGAGGAAGUUCUGGGCUGUGCGCUCCUUCCCCACCGGGAGGUGGCCCCGGGGGAAUGUGACAUCACCGCCAGGCAGUGGGGCAGGAGAGGAGGAAGGCUGCCCGGGAGCGCCUGUGCCGCGGCCGCCAACUCGCUCCCGCCCGGUCCUUCUCCCCAUCUCCUGCCGGCAGCGUCCAGCAUGUCUGCGAAAGAGAGGCAGAACAGCAAAGUGGUCAAGGAGAGCGUCACUCUGUUGCCUUGCUUUUAUUUUGUGGAGCUACCCAUACUGGCAUCUUCUGUUGUCAGCCUCUAUUUCCUUGAGCUUACUGAUGUCUUCAAACCAGUUCAUUCUGGAUUCAGCUGCUAUGACAGGAGUCUGAGCAUGCCAUACAUUGAACCUUCACAAGAGGCUGUUCCUUUCUUGAUGUUGCUCAGUUUGGCUUUUGCUGCACCUGCCAUUACGAUCAUGGUGGGUGAAGGUAUUCUCUACUGCUGCCUUUCGAAACGCCGAAAUGGAAUUGGAGCGGAGGCCAAUAUCAAUGCAGGUGGUUGCAACUUCAACUCUUUCCUUAGGAGAGCCGUCCGAUUUGUUGGUGUCCAUGUAUUUGGCCUUUGUGCCACGGCUCUCAUCACUGACAUUAUACAGCUGUCAACUGGGUAUCAAACGCCAUAUUUCCUGACUGUAUGCAAGCCUAACUAUACAUCACUCAAUGUAUCCUGCUCAGAAAAUUCUUACAUUGUGGAGGAUAUUUGCUCAGGAUCUGAUCCCGUCAUCAUCAAUGAUGGAAGAAAGUCAUUCCCUUCCCAACAUGCCACUCUGGCAGCCUUUGCAGCUGUGUAUGUUUCGAUGUACUUCAAUUCUACGUUAACCGACUCCUCUAAACUUCUGAAACCACUUCUAGUAUUCGCUUUUAUCAUCUGUGGAAUUAUAUGUGGACUGACUCGCAUCACCCAGUACAAAAACCAUCCAGUUGACGUUUAUUGUGGCUUUUUAAUUGGCAGUGGAAUUGCCCUUUAUUUGGGCCUGUAUGCUGUGGGGAAUUUUCUGCCAAGUGAAGACAACAUCUUUAAUCAGAACCCACACAGAGAACCAUUAAGGUCUUUGACUGACCUGAGCCAAGAUCCCAGUAGAAUUUUACCAGGGAAAAAUGGUAGCAGCAAUGAGGCCAUCUCCACUCACCAUGCCGAGAGUAUCUUAAACAGGAACCCCAGGGACACUGGCUCCCUGACCAACCUCAAAAGAGCAAAUGCUGAUGUGGAAAUUAUAACACCACGAAGUCCAAUGGGAAAGGAGAACAUGGUCACUUUCAGCAACACUUUGCCAAGAGCCAACACACCUGCAAUGGAAGAGUCGGCUCGACGGAAUGCAACAAUUCAUGCAUCUAUGGAUUCUGCCCGCUCAAAACAACUUCUCUCCCAGUGGAAGAACAAGAAUGAAAGUCGAAAGUUGUCCCUGCAGGUGAUAGAGACAGAUUCUGGACAGUCACCACCUAGAGCAAUUGAAAUGAGGUCAAGCUCUGAGCCAUCCAGAGUGGGCGUUAAUGGAGAUCACCAUGGGCCUAGCAAUCAGUACCUGAAAAUCCAGCCUGGUAGUAUGCCAGGAUGCAACAGUGUUGGCCUUUCUGGUGGGCCAAGAGUUUCUAUUCAGUCACGGCCAGGUUCUUCACAGCUUGUGCAUAUUCCUGAAGAGACGCAGGAGAAUGUCAAUACAUCUCCAAAAACUAGCUCAGCUCGAGCUAAGUGGCUGAAAGCUGCUGAGAAGACUGUUGGGUGCAGGAGCAACAGCCAGCCAAGAAUCAUGCAGGUCAUAGCCAUGUCAAAGCAACAAGGUGUACUUCAGGGCAGCCCGAAGAGCUCUGAGGGCAGCACAGUCACUUGUACCGGAGCCAUCCGAUACAAAACCUUGACGGAUCAUGAACCAAGCAGUAUCAUAAGAGUGGAGGCCCAUCCUGAAAACAACAGGCCCAUCAUUCAGAUGCCAUCGGAAGGAGAAGGAAGUGGCUCCUGGAAAUGGAAAGCUCCUGAGAAAGGAAGUCUUCGACAGACAUAUGAGCUUAAUGAUCUCAACAGAGACUCGGAGAGCUGCGAAUCUUUGAAAGACACUUAUGGAUCUGGGGACAGAAAAAGAAGCAACAUCGAUAACAGUGAGCACCACCACCAUGGUAUGACAACAAUCAGAGUCACCCCAGUGGAAGGCAGCGAAAUUGGCUCAGAGACCCUGUCAGUUUCCUCUAGUCGUGACUCUACACUUCGAAGAAAAGGAAAUAUCAUAUUAAUUCCUGAAAGAGGAAGCAGCCCAGAGAACACCAGGAACAUCUUCUACAAGGGAACGUCUCCUACAAGAGCUUACAAAGAAUGAGGCUCGGUGCUUCAGCCCAGCCAUGCCACUACCAGUCAUCUCCGUUUGGUACUAGCUUUGUGCUCUCUCUAUUUUUGAGCUGAUGCUGAAAUAUUCUUGAUGUGCCAAAAUAUCGACCAUCAGCCUGACCAUUUUUGGAUGUUGCUGAUGUGUAGUGAUUGUGCAUGAAUUUGUGGAUUUCAUGUUGCGGGGAGGGGGGGCCAAAAAGCACAAUGCAAGAACCUAAUGAACGGGAUGUUUCCUAACAGAUUUUUUUCCCCUAGACUCAAAAUGUUUAUCUAUUGGGGAUGAUGUCAACAAAAACAGCAAUCUUAACAGACACCUUAUUUCCUGAAUGUGCCAACUUUUUGCUUUAUAUAUGUCCAAGGACAAAUGGGAAUUUUUUUGGUGUGUUUUUUUAACGGCAAAAGCUGUACUAUCAGUGUUGUACUUCACCUUUGCGGGUUUUGCACCAAAAUUUAAUACAAGUCGGUGCUGAUUCUAACUUUACUUUUUUAGUAACCUUACAUACCUGUUCAUUGCUACAGACACAUGACGUUUUGAUGUGUAAUUCCUUCCAAGUGAUGUUGCUGAAAA